UGCUCAGACUCAAUCUCGUCUGGAAUUGCGUGAGCCAGACAGCCGGGAUUAGAAUCACAAAAACAUUUAUUUAGUCGACUCAUAUGUCAAUUCACUUUUUCACGCACGACUUUUGGAUUUAUUUGUAGGAAAUCAAAUUAGUUUUAUCAAACUUUCCGGACCGGUAGAUAAUUCUAAAUUAUAACAUCAAACCACCAACAUGUAGCCUGCAAAUAGCACUGCUGUUUACAUCGUUGCUCUUAUCAAGGAAAUAACAACCAACAGUAAUAAGACCUUAGUAAACUCACAUUUAACUCGGGUUAACCCCUACAUAAAAUAAUUACUAAUAUACACAUACAACGUACAAUCGUUAAUAAUAUCAAAUCGAGUUAAGAGUCAUAAGACACAUUUCAAAUAACACUGUACAAAAUAUCACAGAAAAUCUAAGGUUUCUAAACUUGAAGUCAUUUAAAGUUCGAGUGGAAAAGCAAAUGGUCAUUCCUCGAAAAUCAUCAUCAAGGCAUAACGUUGAGGAGGAGUCCGGUGGCGUGGUCGCUAUAAUCGCCGUAUAUUUUUACAUUUUAAUUAUUUCAAAGAGUCGUCGACCGAUACUGUGGGACUUGUGAAAUCAAUGUCGCACAAUCAGUCAUCUUAAAAUGUCUGAACAUAACUCCGAAACCAGUACCCGUCAACGGCAAGAGGAUGAAUUGGAAGUUGUGAAGGCAAUCUACGUUGGCGAUGUGAAAGAGCUUGGGGACGGCGAGCCAACACAGCCCUUGAGAUUUACUGUACGCCUUCUUCCUCAACGAGGAAGCAGCGGGGGUGGUGUCAAUCAUGGACACAAAGUUCCUACGUUUCUAGUUAUUCAUGUCACCGUCCCCCAAGACUAUCCUCAGAGGGGUCCAGUAUUGGGAUUCAAAGAGCACAAGGGACUAUCAUCACAAGAAAUAGCAGACUUGGAAACAGAAUUAAAUGAUAUAGCGUCAGAGUAUGUGGCGAAUGGACAAGAAAUGUUGUAUCAGUUACUGAGCCAUGCAGAGACUUACCUCUACACGCACCAGAAACGGUCGAUCGGCUCCUUUCAUGAUGAAAUGCUGAUGCGACAAAAGCAAGUGGAAGAAAAAAAUCUGCGUAAACAGAUCGACUUGAAAGAAAGAGAGCGAAUGGCCAUCAAAGAAGAGAUUCUGCGUAAGCAAAGUGAAGAACGGGAAGAACUUAAAAAAAUAAAGGAACGACGAUCUCAACUUCCUGUCGUUACUGCCACCACUACCACCACGACCGCUGCGGAUGGUUCUAGUCCUUCGCCAAGUCCUAAUUCAUCCCCCAUAAAAGGCGAUGGGUUUUCAUCUUUGAGGGGUAGAGUCGCCAGCAAACGUAGAUUUUCUGCAGGAGGAAAGCGUAGAUUGCGAAGCAAUUCAGAGGAGAGUGACGUCUCAGUUUCAGAAACUUCUGACCUUGUGGUGCUAGAGUUUAUGUGCGGAAAGACAUCAACCUUGCUUUACCGUGGAGAAAUUCUAGGAAAGAGUGAACGUGGAACAACAGUUUACGCUGGGAUGUCAAGCUCGGGUAAUUUGGUUGCAAUUGUCAAUUGGAAAUUUGUAGCAAAGAUUGACAAGAAAGGAAAAGAGCUAAAAUCUAUUUCAAUUGGAGCUGGUGAUACACUAACAAUUGACGGAGUUAUGAAACAGAUCCACAGUUUUGAAUUGGAAAUGAAUUUACUGCACAAGUUGGAACAUCCAAAUCUUGUUUUAUAUUUUGGAAUGAAGUCAUUUUCUCCAAUCGACGAGCCUGGCACCCUCUCCGUUUAUUUGACACAGGAAUUCGUUAAAGGGACAUCGCUGCAGUCAUUCUUGAGUGGAGCACUGGCUGUCGAUAUUGCCUUAGUUCGACAUUGUGCAAAAGGAGUACUAGAAGGUCUUAAAUAUCUUCAUGAUAAUGAUAUUGUCCACCGCUAUUUGCGGGAUACUAGCAUAUUUCUGGACAGCUCGGGUUGUGUCAGAAUAACUGAUUAUGGCGUUGAACGCAAAAUCUGUGAAUUUUACCAGACAUUCAAUAAGCUGCCGGAUGUUCCUGAUAAAUUUCCACCAUCCAUUGGACGAGGUGGGAAAAAGGGUGAUAUUUACCGAUUUGGUGUAAUUCUACUUAGCGUAAUCAAUGGAAGCUGUGUUCAAAAUCCUCCCGAAAUUCCUAACGUGCUCCCGCCAGACCUGCAAGAUUUUUUUAGAAAGUGUCUCACUCCAAUUGAGCAUUCUCGGUACUCGGCAACUGAUCUCUUGGACCACGAAUUUCUAAAACUUCCUUUGUUUGCCGAUUCUCCGUUAAAACUCCAGCCUAAAAUCGACGAAAAUAUUCAAACGUUGGACGAGGAAAACGAUGAUGAAGAGUCAGACAUCCCACAGGCUCUACCACUCUCAUUCAAAGGCCAUUCUCGAGUUCAAAGCGAAUUUCAGAGCUUAAAGUUUUUGGGAAAAGGAGGAUUCGGAGAAGUUCUCAAGGUAAAAAAUAAACUUGAUGGACGAAUCUAUGCUUUAAAAAGGAUCAAGCUCAACCCGAAGAAUAAACAAUUGAACAGAAAGAUUACUCGCGAGGUCAAAUUGCUGUCACAAUUAAACCACGAGAAUGUUGUGCGUUACUUUAAUUCAUGGAUUGAAACAGUAAUUGAAAGCGAUGAUGAAGCCAGCACUACGGCGGAUUCAAUAUCCAUCGAUACAACCAAGGAUAAACCGAACGUUGAACGGGCUGCUGUAUCUGUGAAUAAACUCGCCGUUCAUUUUCAAUCACUAUUCAAGAAGCAACAAAAUAGUCUAGGUUUGGUAGACAACAUUGAGGAUUUGGCUCCUGCGAUAGGUGGUGAGAGUAGUGAUUGGGGUGAAUCCGAACCAGCUAUACCUCAGCAGACUUAUAAUACUGACGACGAGUCUGACGAAACAAGUGAAGAUGAAGAUGACUUAUUUGGUACAUCCUUCCGGCGAAUUACAAUGGACGAUUCCGAUGAAAUAGUGUUUGAGCAAUCGGAAUUACUCCCCUCUAGAUCCGUCGUAGUGGAUGCAGACUCGACUUCAGAAGAAACUAAUCCAUCAGUAUCAAAACAAAAGCCAUCAACUGGGUCAGACGUCCAAAGCGCAUCACUUUCUCUCACAGGAUUCCUUCGAGAAUCUCAAUUUUUAUACAUUCAAAUGGAAUAUUGCGAAAAGAGUACCCUAAGGACUGCUAUCGAUAAUAACCUUUGUGAAGAUCUAGAUCGGGCUUGGCGACUUUUUCGUGAGAUAGUGGAGGGUUUGGUGCACAUACAUCAGCAGGGAAUGAUUCAUAGGGAUUUGAAACCUGCAAACAUUUUUAUUAAUUCGUUCGAUAACGUGAAAAUCGGAGAUCUUGGAUUGGCAACAUCUAGCAGUUUGAUGAUUCCAAAGAGACAAGACGAGACAAUGCAUGAUUUGGAUUUGGACUUGACAGUUGGUCAAGAUCAUGGUCAGUCGUUCGAUUUCACUGAUGAAACCCGGACAGGACAAAUAGGAACAGCUCUGUAUGUCGCACCCGAGUUGAUUGCAACAGGUCAAAAGGCAUCAUACAACCAAAAAGUGGACAUUUACAGUUUGGGGAUCAUGUUCUUUGAAAUGUUUUAUCAUCCUGCGCAGACAGAAAUGGAAAGGGUUCGAGUAAUCGUAGGUUUGAGGCAAAGAGCAAUUACGUUUCCAAAGGAUUUUGACCAAGCCCUGUUCCCUCAAGUUACGCACAUUACAAAGUGGCUGUUAGAUCACCAGCACACAAAACGUCCAACUUCAUUGGAGCUUCUUCAGUCUGAUUAUUUGCCACCUCCGCAUUUGGAAGAGGCAGAAUUACGGGACAUAUUUUCCAGAACGUUAAGAAGUUCAAAAACCAAAUCGUACAAAUAUCUUGUUGCCUCUUGUUUUGAACAGGAAGUUAGCCCAGUCGAAGAUGCUACUUACGAUAUGGAUGGAGGAAAAAAUCUUCAGAUUUGUAGAAACUCACCUUUUCCCUCAGGGAGUGUAUCUAAAUGUUUGUAUUUUAUGCAACGAGUAAAGCGAGUUAUUUAUCAAGUGUUUGAACGACAUGGAGCCACAGAAUUGCAUACGCCUCUGCUUUUGCCAAAGUCAGCUCUAUAUGAAAAUAUCGACAAUUGUGUGGAUCUCAUGUCUCACAGUGGUGUCAUUGUCGGAUUGCCGUACGACCUAAGACUCCCGUUUGCAAGAUAUGUUGGGAGAUAUGGAAUCAAUCAAUUGAAACGAUUUACAAUUGACAAAGUAUUUCGAGAAAGAAAAGUGUAUGGGUUGCAUCCUCGGGAGCUGAUUGAAUGCGCGUUUGACAUUAUUGACUCUGCUCAAGGAAGCUUAAUAUCCGAUGCAGAAGUUUUAUCAGUUGUGUUUGAAAUUGUGAAUGAACUGCCCUGGUUAAGAACUAGGAGCUGUACCAUUCGUCUUGGCCAUACCAAACUGCUGCAGGGUGUAUUUCUCCAUCAUGCUGUGGACGAAAAACACUACACUAAAAUCACCAAGCUAUUAUCCGAAGUGAAAAAUGAUCGAGACUCCAAGCAACAAAUUCAAACACACAUGUGUAGUUUGGGAUUAUCUGAUCACUUUGUGACCAUGCUCCUACAACUGAUGGACGUUGAAGGGUCUUUUUCUAAAAUUAGCAGCAUGUUAAAAGGGAUCAUGAAACGCAAAGGUGAAGCCGCUUCGUGUAUUAAAGAGGCAUUACACGAACUUGAAAUCCUCAUCAGUAAUAUCGAGACAUUUGGGAUGAAGUGCAACAUUACAGUGAUACCUGCCAUGACGUUUUGCUCUAACAUCUACUCGGGUUUACUGUUUCAAGUUGUUUGUGAUUUGAAACGCCGUAAAAAUAAGAUGACGAUGGAUACCAUAGCCGCUGGCGGAAGAUAUGAUGGUCUAAUUAAAAACUUUAGAACGUCCAUGUAUUUAGAACAAGAUGGGACCAUUGAAGGGAGAGAUGAUGCUCCUUGUGGGGUUGGAAUAAGCAUUUCCCUCGACAAGUUGAUUGCGGGAUAUGACCCAGAGGAAGACGAAGAAAAUAAUCUGGGGAGAGAAUGGACACAAAAAGGAUCUGUUGAUGUCCUCGUUUGUGCCCUUGGUCAUUAUCCAAUGAUCAAAGAAAAAAUCGAUAUGAUGAAAGAAUUGCUUGCCCAUGGGAUUCAUGCAUCCAUUUUAGACGCUUCUCAAACAUUGGAAUCUGCUGAAGAAUUUUGCAAAGGGAUUGGUGCUAUUUUCCUAGUUAUUUUAAAGGAAGGAGAGUACUACAACAAUAUACGAGUUCGAUUAUGGGAACAUGGCAGAUUCAACGAGAAAAAACUGUCAAAGCCAGAAGUCAUCGAGUUUAUCUCUCGAACCUUGUACGAUGGAUGCAAUGAGCAGGGCCCUAUUCCCACCGGGAUUAUGCGGAGUGACAGUGUGUCCGUGAAACAGGGUGGUUUACUGGGAUCAGAAAUAAAUUGUCCACUUGCUCCAAAUCCCCAUAAUCAUCACAUUCAGGGCGCAAGUAGCGGGUUGCCGGCCUACAACAUUUUAAUUCUAAUGCAGGAACGUGAAAAACCAUCCCAUUUGAAAAGAAAAUAUGAAAAUCAGGUUAUGAGCCGAAUCACAGAUAUUCUCUCAAAGCUUGGAAGACAACAAAUCGUUGAGGUCUUAGGAAUAGAAGCUAACUCUGUUGUAAUCAACAACCUCGCUUCAUCCUUGCCCCUGCAUGACAAGGAAGAAUUUUCCAAAAGUGUUGUCGAAGUCAUUGAGAAACACCCACGGCUAAAGAAGUACUUGAAAGGAAUAUGCGACGAAAUUUUCGAGCUCACCUACGAGAAGAAUACCUCUGUAAUUAUAAUCUUUGGGUUGGCCGACAAUUCUUAUCGUGUCUUAUUGUGAAUGAAAUACGAUCAAGUACUUCUAGGUUGAAAUAUGCAAUCAACAUUUUGAACCCCUAACGUCAAGUUAUUAUGACGCAAUUUGAUUUGAUCCGAGUAAGUGAUUAUUAAAUCCUCGUCUGUCUCAAAAACACUGUGAUAAUUUGUUAACAAUUACCUAAACAUGAUCAUGGCUUGAAAGUUUGUAACCGUUUGGCUAUCAGAAUGAGUCAAUGAGUGUGAUAUAUCUCUUUAUUUUUUUAUAUAAUGCUAGUGUAUAUAAUUUCAUACACAUAGGUUAAGAACUACAGUUUAUAAUGACCACAAACAAAUAUGCCAAAUAAUAUCUUCAAAAAGAAUUAAUUACUGGAAAUAAAAUGAGUGCAAUUCUUCCGAUUUCAAA